AUGGCCGAAGCGAGAAGCAGUGACACAGGCAACCGUUUUGAUGAAAAUACGCCUGAGGGUACGUCCCCGAAGUCUCUGCUACCUGGCACUACCAUUUCAAGGGUGAAGCUCCUCGACACGAUGGUGGACACUUUCCUCCAGAAGCUAAUCGCUGCCGGGAGCUACCAGAGGUUCACUGACUGUUACAAGCGCUUCCACCAGUUGCAGCCUGAGAUGACACAGCGGAUUUAUGACAGGUUUAUAACUCAAUUGCAGACAUCUAUCUGGGAAGAAAUCUCUGAAAUCAAACAGGAGGGGAACCUGGAAGCAGUCCUGAAUGCCUUGGAUGAAAUUGUGGAGGAAGGCAAAGACCGGAAGGAACCAGCAUGGCGCCCUAGUGGGAUCCCAGAGGAGGACCUGCGCAGCACCAUGGUGCCCUACUUCCUGCAGCAGCGGGGCACCCUACAGCGCUGUGUGCAGAAACAGGAGGCUGAGAACCGGCAGCUGGCCGAUGCCGUCAUUGCUGGCCGCAGGCAGGUAGAGGAGCUGCAGCGGCAGGUCCAGGCCCAGCAACAGGCCUGGCAGGCACUACACAGAGAGCAGAGGGAGCUGCUGGCCAUGCUGAGGGAGCCGGAGUAA